CAUUUUUUAACCAUUUCACUGCGACUAAUGAUAGGCCGCGAUUUCUGAUUCUUCUCCGUCUCUGAAAAGCUCGUUUCGUUUUUUGCUAUCUCUGAUUUCCUCUCAAUCCUUCUAGGGUUUAAGAAAAUUUUGAUCGCCAAACCAUGUUCAUAUCAAGAUACUUGGGGAGAACACUGCUUGCUGCUGCAAAGUCUGAAACUUCUGCAGCUGCAGCUGCUGCUUCUUCUUCAUCUAGGACGGUUUACAAUCCUCUUGAGGAGUUUUUCGAGGCUGAUAGAAGCCCAGAUGAAGAAAAACCAAUUGUCUAUGGUCGAAGUUGGAAGGCUUCCGAAUUACGAUUGAAGUCUUGGGAUGACCUUAAUAAGCUGUGGUAUGUUUUGUUAAAGGAGAAAAACAUGUUGAUGACUCAGCGCCAGAUGCUUCAUGCACAAAAUCUUCGGUUUCCCAAUCCAGAGAGAAUUCCUAAAGUGAGGAAGUCAAUGUGCCGUAUCAAGCAUGUACUUACAGAGAGGGCAAUUGAAGAUCCUGAUCCGAGGAGGUCUGCAGAGAUGAAGAGGAUGAUAAAUGCUUUGUGAUGGCUUCCUACUACUCCUCCAAAGGCACUUAUAAUGAGCAUAUUGGUGUGCCAAUAUGUUGCCUUUUUUUUUUUUUUUUUUAAUGUAGAACCUGUAACUUUUUGGGAUUCACUAGGUAUUUUGAGAACGUGUUUGUACAUUUAGGGAUGACUAUUUUCCAUCUUCUAAAUUAAUUUCAUUAUUGA